AAAAUCGGCUGGUCUUCAAUGGUGAAGAACUACUACGGCUUGUUCUGUACGUGCUCUAGAGUAAUGAAAAAAUAUUAUUUACUUUGUUUAAACGUUUCAAUAAAUAACAGAAGGAGAUUGUUGUAUAGCUUGGUCUUGCUUUUAUUACUUCUUGUUUGUUAUUUAAUAUUAAACUCCUUUGGUACCGUACUUAAAAGUAUGCCUAUCUUAUUUUUUUAGUAAUAACAAAGCAGUGUCUAAUAUUUAACUUAGUGUAUUAUAUACAAAAACUGCGUUUAAAAAACCGACUUAAAAUACCAAAAAAUAAAAAUAAAAAGUAAAAACUAAAAAGCUUAAAAUGACUAUUAUAAUUCCUCAUAGUAAGCCUCAUAUAAACAAAAUUAUUCAUUAAAACCUCAAUAGAUGCCUAAUAUUACAGAUAUAGUGUACAUACCUAGUAUUACAUUAAACAACUUAUCUGUUUACAAUUUUGUGAAAAAUUAGCCAAGUCUCACAAUGUUUUUUAUUAUAAUAAUAUUACAUUACACUUCUUCACCAACUACAUGAGAAACUAAAUCUGAAACUGAAAUUAGAACUAGUAAUAGUACUAGUCUGUGAAGCUGCUUACUUAGGUAAAUCAGAAUAAAAAUAUUAUAAUUAUUUACAUUUGCAAAUAAUUUACAUCGCCAAAAUCCGAAAUAGUACAGAAUUUGUCAUACGCAACCACUUCAUACUAAUAUUCAAUCUGUGAUUAAAUUGGUGGUAGGGUUGCCAGUUAUUGCGAAACAGACUUCCCUAAAUUAGGGUAAAAUUUCGGGCCAACAUUAAUGAUAGGUAUAAACAAUGUAUCCUUAAUGGUUCACUAAUUUAUUAAAAUAUUUAGUACAUUUUUAAGGGUUGUACAAUGUUUAUUACAUAAAAUUAGUGACAAUCACAUAACACACAGAAAAGAUACAAUUAGGUUCACUCACAAUAGUCUACUCGCUAUACAAAGCACGAAACCGACGCGACGUAUGGUAUUCUUGCACAUACACUCCCCUUCUAGUUCGAACCCUUGCCUUCGGACUAGCAUCCAAUUUACGGGGUCAACCACGCUUGCGCUUCUCACGAACCGGAGACACGAUGUCGCCGACGAAUGGUGUCAGGUGUGACACAUGGUACCGUCCAAUGUGUUCAGCUCGCGUAAGUCCCUCAAUAACAUAAGUGUUGAGACUUAUCACUUCCUGAAUAUGAUACGGGCCGUCUCUCCUAAACACAGACAGUACACUCCCGGUAAGGUGAACGUGAUUGCAGACGCGCUAAGCCGCCCCGCCAUUUGUGAAAAGGACCCAGGUGGAUGCGAGGUAUGCUUAGUGACUGUAGAUAUACCGCACAGGGCACCUACUGACGUUCGUGAUAACCAACUCAAAGACCCCGAGUUGAAGACGAUCGUAGAGGAGGAGGGGAAGGGCCCCCUUGACGGAUCGGAGUCCUCCGGAGCUCGUCUCGUGCUUGCGAGUCAUGAAAGAGCUUGUUGAUUUCCAUGAUUUUCCCACCGCAGGUCAUUUCGGUGUUGAGAGAACCCUGCGGCGUAUCAGAGCUCGCUACUUUUGGUUAGGAAUGAUAUCUUUCGUUGCUGACUAUGUUAGGUGUUGUGCUGCUUGCCAGCGUUAUAAAGCAGACAACAAGCCGGAUUACUGCAGAUACCAGCUACAAUUCGUCGGUUUGAGGUCGUUUCAGUGGAUUUGUUUGACCCAUUGCCGCUAAAGGUAACUGUUGGAUUUUUAUUAUAGAGGAUGUGUGUACUCACAGGUUCUUGAUUCUCUAACGCGUGCUUGCGAAAUAUUAUGUUCUCUAUUUCUCGAGAGGCGCUACUCAUUUUCUGGAGCACAUUCUUCCGUAAGGCGUACUCGAGCUGCUCUUGUCUGUGGCGUCUGCCGGGACAGUUGCGAUUUUCUUUUAGGAAUGCUCAUUUCUUUAUUAGAAAACAAACUACACAGACUUGAAAAAAAAUAUGAACAAAGAGCAACUCGACCACCGCCUUAAUUAUACUAAACAAUCGUAAAGAAAUUACAACAUUUGCCGAUUAUUUCGAAGUACGAACAUACGAAACGUACACCGAAAUAGAUGUAAUUGAAAUUUCCGUUUUUUUAUUUCACAAUUCAGAGAAACAAACAACCAAACGAAACGACCGAAACCAACAAAAACUAACUGAUAAUGACAUAUGAACACCAAUCAUCUCCGAAACUGUAUGACCUAUUGACAUACCUACUGUAAAUGGCAAAUCUUAUCUGUAUGAUGUCCUUGUGAUACUGAAAUAAUUUAUUUUGAUAAUAAUUAAAUCAGCCAAAGUAAGUAAGCCGGAAAGAAAUUUGUUUGUAACAAUAAAAGACUUAUAAAAGCUAAAAUAUAAAAGAUAGAAAUAUGGUGUCGCGGACUUUUUUGUAGAAAUCAUUAAGACAAACCAGAUUGCCGUACAUUGUUUUCAAUUUUAAGCAACUGUUUAGGCAGUGCACGCAUAUUAUUCUGUUUUAUGAGCUAUUUCUGUCCGACUUGCUAGACAAAAGUUGUGAUUGCUCGAUUAAUAUACAUGUUAAAAAAAUAAUUUAUAGCCUGUGCUAUAGGCUAUAAAUUAUUUUAUUGACAUGUACAGGAAUAAUAUAGCUUUCCACCAGUGAAAAAAAAUUUGAGAUUGGAUCAUUAGUUCCGGAGAUUACCCAUUACAUACAAACUUGCAGACAUUACCUCUUUAUAAUAUUAGUAUAGAUAUAGAUUUAUAGUCAGAUUCAAUGCAGUAAACUGCACAUGCAUUGAAUUUGACCUGUCAAGAAACAUAAACUUUAUAAUAUGAUAAUUUGGAGUUUGAUUAUGUUACAAAUCUUUGCUCGUAAAAAUUAUAGAUCGUAUAUUUUUACUUUUACAUUUUGUUGACAAUUAUUACAGUACAUUUUAACUUAUAUAUAUAAAUUACUAUUGACUAACAUUAACUUACCUUGCAAAAAUAAGACCUACAUAUUCUCGGCAAGCUUAUCGUGUUAUUUGACAAGAAUGUCCUGGCAACACUGUAAUGCCAAACGUAGAGUAUAAUUCACGUCGAUCGUGUAGUUCAAAACAGUGUUGGCUGGGAACGAAACGCGGAAAAAGGUUCUCGUGAAAAAUACGAUACGAUCAAAAUACGCGAGUCUCCAGACUUACUGGAGCAUACUCUUUAUAAUUGUACAGAUUAUAAUCGUUCGGAAGCUUACCUAUACUUUUUAAUAACUGUCAAAAAUUGAGUAGCAAAGUGUUUCUUAUUGUCUACUCCGUUCACAAGUCAUGGUGAAAAGUAUGUGAAAAGUUAUUAUUAGUGACAAUAUAAGUGACUGGAUUGUUAAGGUUACAAAGGCUUCAUAUAAGAUGAAGACUAAUUUAUUACUCAACAAACAAUAUGUGGUGUUGUGUUAAUUGUGACGUGAAUUGUUAAUAAAAUUCGCAAUAAUUGCUGAAAAAUCUGUGAAUAGUGAAUUUUGUAUACUCUAAGGUUUUGAACUAAUGAUGUCUUUUGACGAAAAUAAACAAUAUGGGUUAAGUGCCGCAACAAACAUAGAAAGUUACGAGCAAAGCACACCAUCACUGCAACUCUUAGAAACGCCAUCGAUUUCUGAUGAAGGAAAUAAAGAAAUCGAAUUGUUGUGUCACCAAUUUGCAAAUCUAAGUUUCUCGUCGGUAGCCAUAACAGACCCUUUUUUUCACACAUACCAAAAAAUGUGUGAUUACCAAACUAUUCAUAUACCGGACAAUACGCAUUUGAACAAGCGACAAGAGAAUUCUCAAGCGCACGAACAACCACCCAUAGUAAACACGACCGAUGUACUAAUCUCGGAAAGUUAUUUUAAUAUUGCUAAUACGGAUUAUAAAAAUCAAUUAGAAAUACCUACAGAUUAUAUGAGACUCACGCCUGAAGAUGUACAACGAUCGACUGAAAUAUCUCUAAAUACACCAAAAUCAUCUACUGAGAUUGAUUCUGAUAUUAUUAUGGAUACAUCAUUACCAUGUAGUAUCGAUGUACUUACGUCAGAUAGUUUUUACUCUGCGGUAUCAAAGCAAAUGGCAACAAAUUCAAGAUUAAUUGAAGAAAUAUCCAAAAUGCGAAAAUAUACUACACCGGAGGCCAUGGAGGUAGGAAAUCAAUUAUCACCUAUGUAUAUAGAACAUGACAUCCUUGCAAAAACACAUUUGCCUGAUGAAGUUGCUUCUACAUUUCACACUUUAUCAGAAGAAGCGUCUGCAGCUUCCACAUGUGCAUUUUAUAAAGAUGCAAAUAUUAGCACUUCUUCUAUUAUAUUAGAAGAAGAAUGUCAAAAGCCUGUCUCACUUUUAUCUGAAAAUAACGCUGUAAAUAAAACAAAGAACAAUAAAACUAAAACUAAAAUGACACGUGGUAGUCGUCGUAGCAAAAAAGAUCAUGUUAAUUUAGUUUUUGUGGGACAUGUAGACGCAGGUAAAUCUACUAUUGGUGGACAAAUUAUGUCAUUAAUGGGAAUAGUCGACCAACGAACACUUCAAAAAUAUGAAAGAGAGGCACGAGAAAAAUCUAGGGAGUCCUGGUAUUUAUCUUGGGCACUCGAUACAAGUCAAGAAGAACGUGACAGAGGCAAAACUGUUGAAGUAGGCAGAGCCCACUUCGCAACCAAAAGUAAGCAUUUCACUAUACUUGAUGCUCCUGGCCACAAAUGUUUCGUCCCUAAUAUGAUUGCUGGGGCGGCACAGGCAGAUCUAGCAGUGUUGGUGAUAUCCGCUCGGAAGGGUGAGUUUGAAACGGGAUUUGAUAGAGGCGGACAAACUAGAGAACACGCCAUGCUUGUCCGAACGGCUGGAGCAAAAUAUAUGAUUGCCGUUAUAAAUAAAAUGGACGACCCGACUGUUAACUGGAGCGAAGUAAGAUAUAAUGAGUGUAAACAGAAACUGAAACCGUUUCUCAAACAAAUUGGGUUUACAGAGCCAACCGAUUUGGCAUUUAUGCCCGUUUCGGGACAAACUGGACAUGGAAUUCUUCAUCAAGUACCUGGCGAUAUCUGUCCUUGGUAUCGAGGACCGUCUUUUAUACAAUUUGUGGAUGAACUACCGUUUUUCAGUCGUAAAGACGAUGGGUAUUUCGUAAUGCCCAUUGCAGACAAAUUUAAAGAAAUGGGGACUGUUCUCAUGGGAAAGGUAGAAUCUGGUAAAACUCGGAAAGGAACUACUCUAUUACUUAUGCCUAACAGAUUGCAUGUAACUGUAGACCAGCUAUGGUCUAAUGAUAUAGAAGUCACCGUAAUUUCAUGUGGGGAAAAUGUAAAGAUUAAGAUAAAAAGUAUUGAAGAAGGUGAUGUUUCCACUGGUUUUGUACUUUGUGAUGUUGCUCAACCUAUAACGACAGGUAGAGUAUUCGAUGCACAACUGGUAAUAUUGCAGCAUAAAUCAAUCAUAUGUGCUGGAUAUUCAGCAGUAAUGCAUAUCCAUUGUGCUGUUGAAGAAGUAUCCAUAAAGGCCCUGCUUUGUUUAAUAGACAAAAAAACGGCUGAAAAGUCCAUAACCCGUCCCAGAUACAUUAAAGAGGGACAGACAGCUAUAGUCCGAAUAGCCUGUUCCGGAAUUAUAUGUUUAGAACCUUUUAAAACAUUCAAUCAACUAGGUAGACUUACCCUAAGAGAUGAAGACAAAACUGUAGCCAUUGGAAAGGUUUUAAAAGUAAUUGAGUAAACUUACAGUUAGGACGAACAAAUUUUGAUGUACAAGGUAAAAAGUGAUCAAAUGAAUUUUUGUAUACCUAUUGGUAAUGUAAGUUGACUGAGUUUUACUUGUAAAAAUAUCUUCAUGAUGCCUAAUUUUAAAAUAGUAUAAAAUAUAUCAAAAUUUAUUUAUUUUUUGAAAAUUGUAGCUUUUAAAUAUAAACUGGUUUAGAUAUGAUAGUUACGUAAACAAUAAUAAUGUAACGUGUGCACUGAUUUUCUUUUUAAAUAUUCCUAUAGAAAAAAUAUUGCUUUUUAAGGAAAGGUUAAAUAGGCAUAGGUAAAUUAUUUCAUGAACGUAGAUUUUAUGUAAAAUAUUGUAAAUAUCUUUAUGUUUAAUUAGAUGCCGCUCGUGGCUUCGCUCGCGUGGAUGACGGACUUUGUGACUAAUAAAAGUAGUCUAAGCCUUACCUGCCAAUAAAAGACCAGUCAAUCUGGGUCCAGCCAUUUUAGAGAAUAGCAGACUGAUAAAAAUUGUAUAAAAUAUAUUUUUUGUGCAUGUAUGUAUAAAUAUAUACGCACGUAGUGAAAACUGGUUAUUUGAUUAUUACUAACAGACACGCCGAAAAAAAUUUUUUUGUCGAGUUCUGAAUCCGACAAAUUUCAAAAUAGUCGGAUCAUUUGUGAAUACUUUUAUGAGAAACACUAAGUUUUAAACAACGCUAAUUAAAUUAAUUGUCAUGUAAAGCAUAAUUAUUAAUGCUGCUAAUGUUUAAUUAAAAUAUAACAUUGUAUCUGUAAGUCAGUAUUUGUCAUAUAGCUUGUAAGUAGUUUCGCUAAUAUUUUUUUUGAUCAUUGUUGUUUGACAUUCAUGUGUACAGAUAUAUAUAGUGUAGGUAUAUAUAUAAUAAUAUAAUUUAAUAAGACAAAUAUUUUUAUGAUGGGUCGACGUUGCGUAUUUACAUUGUAUACAUGGCUAGAAGGCAGCCGUAGGAAACUGCUCGCGUAUAUUUUGUAGUACACUUUUUAAAGUACUGACACUUUGUAAAUACGCGUCGACGUUUGGCCGGUAUAUUGCCUGGUGGUAAGUGAUGAUGCGGCCUACGAUGGAUUUAUGUUUGCAAAUAUUGAUUAGUAACUUUAGUACAGAAGUAUAUCAUGUAGUAUGUAGUAAUAAUAACAAAGCAUUGUGUAUGGUAGCAUGUAACGAAUUAGGUUUUUCUAGUAUAUUACUUAGUAUGUAUUCUAUGUAAGACAUGAACUAUUAAAAUAAUCAUUGAAAUUGAUUACUUAUUAAAAUGUUCAAAUUGUAAUUUUACUCAACAUUUAC